CCCAGCCCCGGCCCCGGCCCCGGCAGCGGCAGCGCCCGACGGGGGCUAUCGGGGGCUAUCGGGGGCGUCUGGCCCCGCUCCCCCCGCUCCGCACCGGGGAACCGGCGCAGGGCACGAGGCCGCGGCGAUGGACGGCGGGGCGGCGGCAUGAGGCGGCGGCGGCGGCGGGGAGCAUGGCGGCGGCGGGCGGCGGCGGCGGGGCGCGGCGGGGGCUGCUGAAGCGGAAGCCGAACUUCACGCUGCAGGAGCUGGAGGUGCUGAUGAGCGAAGUGCUCCGGUACGAGCCGCUGCUGUUCGGCGCCGCCGCCGGUACCGUGAACGCGUACGAGAAGCAGAAGAUCUGGUGGCGGAUCACGCACAAGGUGAACGCCGCCGGCCGCCACCAGCGCGACAUCGGCGAGGUGAAGAACCGCUGGCGGGGGCUGCGCCGCCGCGCCGGGGACAAGAUCAGCCGGCACCGGCUGGAGCGGCAGGGCCCGGCCGGCAGGGCCGCCGCCAGGAACGGGAGCACCGGGAAUAACGGCAGCAACGGGAACGGUGCGGCCGAGCCCGGCCCAGGGCCCGCCCCCGCGCCCGGCUGGGGACCUCGCGGCGCCGCCGGAACCGACCCUCCGGUGCGCAGCGCCGAGGGGUCUGCACAGCACGGUGUCAAGGAGGAGCCGGUGAAGGAGGAGCCGGUGGAGGUGAAGACUGAGCCCUUCCACGGCCCCGCUGCCGACGGCAUUCCCGGCCGCGGCUCAGAGCGCCGGCUGCCCCGCACUGGCAUCUGCCCGCCCAGGGAGCUGUGCGAGGGCUGGAGCCAGAGCCCCCCGCGCCCCGCAGCCCCCGAACUCUCCCUCGGCGACCUAGGCGGGCAGCAGGAGCCGCUGGGCUCCGACUUCCCGAGCCUGCUAUUGGAGCAGGAGGCCGAGCAGCUCAGUCACUGCGGCGCGGGAGAGGCGGGGCCCCCCGGGGCGGCGGGGCUGGACGGGACCCCCGAGUGCCCCCAGCUCAGCCUCGUGCAGUCCAGUGAGCGGCUGGUGCAGGAGAUGCGGGCGUUCCGCCGGGAGUACGCCGAGAGCCGUCGGGAGACCACGGCGGUGCUGCGCAGCAUCGCCCAGGCCCUGGGCACGCUCAGCCGCAGCCUGGCCGAAAUCCGUGACCUCUACCUCCGGGAGCGGGGGGUCCCCAGAUCCUGAGCCCCCCACGCAGCUGGCUGUGUACACACACCCCCACCCCUCCCCCCCGCACCCACCUCGCUGCUUUUAUUAUUAUUUUUAUUAUUAUUUCUUUUCCUCUCCAUCCCACUUCAAUAAAACUUGGAGCUGCACCCCCUCAGCUCCCCCCA